AUCACAAACAAGUAGCGCCAUCAGCAAGUUGUCAGUUUACAUUUUAUACUCGUAGUGCAGCGGGUUGCUCAAUUUCAACCAAAAAUAACAAACAAAUUGUAUUAUUUAUUUUUUAAACUUAUAACAUCUAUGAUUUAAUACCGUACUAAUUAACUAGCUAAUUUUCAGGUACAUCCAAAGCUCAUUCGCUUAUCAAAACACUCAUCAAACACUUGCAUCAGCACCAUAACCUAAAACAUCCCUACACGUUCCUCAGUACCAGUUUGUUUUGCACAAAAUAUUUAACUGUUGAAUUGUAGUCCGAUGAUAGUUAGUAUGGCUGCUAUGUGUUUAGAUAUGAGACGAGCAAAUGAUCUCAGGUCACGCUAUAAGACUUAUCAUCAUUAUUCUGGAUCCGGUACUGGUACUGAUAUCGGUCCUGGACCUCGACUUUGUUCCCGUUCUCAAUCUCCCGCUGAAUCAAUUGAAGAUGAAAAACAACGCAGAAGACGUGAGUGGAUGAUUGAGCAGGAAAAGAAACGUGAGCAUGAACAUCGUAAGCAGAAGAUGAUUCAACAAUAUGAGGAACGACGCGCUCGUGAACUCGCACUAAAGGAACACGCACGGGCAUCUAAUCGAAGUCGUAUAUCUAGAAGUCGUAGUAGAAGUCGCGAUCGUAGACGUAGUCGUAGUCGCAGUUCUAGUAGAAGUCGCGACCGGAGACGUGGCCGUAGUCGUAGUCGUAGUUCUAAUAGAUGUCGAAGACGCAGCCGUAGCAGAAGUUAUGAUAAAUAUACUAAAAAUCGAGACAAAAGGAGUCGGGAUACCAGCAGAAGUCGUAGUCGAAGCAGGUCUUCCUCCGGCUCACGCAAACAUGAAAGACUUCGUCGUAAUGUGUCCAGAAGUUUCAUUAUGUCUAAAAGAUUGUUCCCAUCAUCAAGUGCGCCAGUAUUCAAAGGACCUGAAACUGCGCGUAUCCCGGUAGAGGAACUCAAAAAAAUUCAAAUUGACAUCCACCGAAAUAUAGCCACUACCGCAGCAGCAUCUGGAGAAAUCGAAAGAGACAUUGUGAACCCUGAUGACAUCGCCGUGGCUCGUAAACACGGUGAAGGAAUAAUCCCAAUAUUUGAUCGCCCAGAACUUAAGAGCACUGGAGUCUCAACACCUGAAGCUAAAGAACUUCGCACGAUAAUAUCCGUGCAUGUUGAUAAAAAUCGCUCAUCCCGAAGACGUUUAUCUUCAUCUUCAUCAACAUCAAGUCACCGUCGUCGGUCUUCAAGCUCCCGCCGAUCUUCAAGUUCCCGCCAUUCAAGUUCUAGGCGCCAUCGGUCUAAAAGUCCACGUCGGGAGUCUAGGUACAAAAGCUCGAGACAUGAUAAAGAUUCUCAUCAGCAUUCUAAAUAUAGGGAACGAAGUCGAGAUCGUAAAGAUGACGGGCGUAAAAGUAAAGAACAUCACCGUCGAUCAGGUGAAAGCAGCUCACGUGACCAUAGACGUCGUAGAUCAGCAUCUAGGGAUCAUGGUCAUAGUAGUCGAUACUCAACAUCCAGAGAUCGUAACAGUCGACGCUAUUCGACGUCUAGGGACCGUGAUAAUCAUCACAGUUCUAGUAGGAAACACCAUAGUCGUGAUAGGCAUGAUUCCCAUAGCUCGAGGAGACCUCAUUACCUUGAGCCGAUACAAAUUCCUUAUUACUUUAGCGAGUACAUGAGGCCAAUAGUAAUUGAUCCAAUGAUGGCAAUGCGAGCUCCGAUGCCACUCGUCCGUGGAAGGAUGCCACCAAUGAUUGGUGCUCCAAUCCGACCUAGUUUUCCAAACUUUCCGCGAUUCAUGCCUCCAGAAAUGAUAAGACCACACGGCCCAUCACCUCAUGGUCCACCACAUUCACGACCUGGACGGAUUCUUUGACUGAUUUAUUCAUAAGAGACUUAUUAAAUUAAAUUGUUAGCUAAUUAUCUAAAUUAUGCCUUGAAACUCAGUAAUGGUUUUAAAAGCAUGUCUAAAUUUUAUGAAUAUUUGUAAGCUAUUAUAAGACUUUUGUACUACGAAAUGUGAUUUUUAAAAUUUUAUCAUUGAGGGCCAGUUUUUUAAACCAGGUUUAUGUUUUCCAGGUUUAAAUUAAUAUUGCUAGUAUAUCUAUAUAUUAAUAGUAUAUAAAUAUACCAGCAAUAAUAAUUUGAAUCUAGAUUAAAAAUAAACUCGAUUUUAAAAACUGGCCCUUAAUAUUAAUUAAUAUAAGUAAUUAAGAAUUUAAAACACCAAUUUUUUUUCAAAUGUCCUCAUAUAUAUAUGACAUGGAUAUAUAACAAGCAUGUAAACAAAAUUAUAAUUCAGUUCUAAAAGUGCCGCAAGGCGACAAGCAUCAAAUGUAAAUAAAACUAUUUGUAAUUAAAAUAAAUUCAUUACUUAUAAAUAA